CGUCGGCGGGGCCGGGGCCGCGCCAGUGCGAUAUCGCCGUUUGGCUGAUACGGAAUACCGUCAGCCUUGCCGGUCGUUCGUAUGGCGGUCGGACGAGGACCACCGAGCGCGCUCGUUCUCCGCGUUGAUACGCAUUGUAAAAACGUGGGAUAAAUAAGCGAGAGAAUGGUGCAAUCAUGAUUCAAGCUGGAAACGACCCUGAGGAGAGUUCAGCGGCUCGGAUGUCCUGUGUACACUGUAUACAACGGUGACACAGCUGCACACACGUAGAUAACCGCCAUGGAUAUACAGAAGAAAUUCCUGUGCCCCCGACUGGUGGAUUAUCUCGCCAUCGUGGGGGCCAGGAUGCCCGCUGCCUCUCGUCAGCCCGUCCAGGUCCCGGAGUUGCUACGCAGAUAUCCGGUGGAGGAUCACAAAGAUUUUCCUCUGCCUCUGGAUAUGGUGUAUUUCUGCCAACCGGAAGGUUGCAGUAGCGUGGGACCGAAGCGCACGGCCUUACGAGAGGCGACGUCCUUCACCUUCACCCUCACUGACAAGGAUUCAGGAAAAACGCGUUAUGGGAUCUGCGUGAACUUUUACCGACCUACGGAGAGAGCGGGGGUCGUGGCUGCCGGUGGGAUUUCGCUCAAGAGGGAAAAGUACAACACCACGUUUCGCAGGGAAAGCUGGAGGAAGAGCAUGGAGAGAAGCACGGAUUCCGCUUUUUCUAGCGACUAUAGGAGCAGUGCGGUGGGUCCUAGUGACUCUGAGAAAGAUUGCUCGAGUAGCAGGAGGGACUCGGACACCCCGCAGGUACCCCACGCCCCGAGAUUGGAAUUCAUCGCGCCGAGCGGAGACAGCGAGAGCGGCGGCAGUCAUUCCCCUUCGCCACGAGCGUCUCGAAGACGUCAGAGGGUUCGCAAUCACUCCUUGACCUCGCUAUGCAUCAUUUCGCACCAUCCGUUCUUCACGAUGUUCCGGGAGUGUCUCUUCGUCCUGAAGAAGAUCAUCGACGCGUGCAACGAGAGCUUCUCGCCGCAGAAGGUGGGGGCUUCUCGGCAGACCAACAGAGAUACGGUAUGGAGCGUUCUGACGGGCCAGGCUCUGGGCGACACGCCGUCCAUCGUGCUUCACGAUGUUCGUGAGAUCGAGACGUGGAUACUGCGUUUGCUCAGUAGUCCCGUGCCCGUUCCGGCGAAGACGCGUGUCGAGGUUGAGAUAAUAUCAUCGAGUAUGCAACCCCCACUGUGCUUCGCCCUGCCGGACCACACCAGGUUUUCCUUGGUUGAUUUUCCUCUCCACCUGCCGUUGGAGCUCCUAGGCGUCGACAUAUGUCUGAAGGUCCUCACGCUGAUCCUCUUGGAGAACAAGAUCGUACUUCAGUCCCGGGAUUACAACGCUCUGUCCAUGUCGGUCAUGGCGUUCGUCACGAUGAUCUACCCGCUGGAGUACAUGUUUCCCGCGAUACCUUUGCUCCCCACGUGCAUGAGCUGCGCGGAACAGCUGCUGCUCGCCCCGACGCCCUUCGUGAUCGGAAUACCCGCGUCGUUCCUACUGUACAAGAAGAACUUCAAGAUGCCCGACGAUAUCUGGUUGGUGGACCUGGAUAGCAAUAAGAUAACGGCGCCGAGCUCUUUGUGCGAAGAGGGUUUGCCGCCGUUGCCGGAACCGGAGGGUACCAUCCUGAAGAAUCAUCUGAAGCAGGCAAUGCAACUGAUGGAUCAAGUUGGCUCUAGUGCGAUGGCCAGUAUGACGGGUCCUCCAUUAGCCCCGCAGGACAUAUCGCUGCAUCUCGCUCGUCUGUCCUUUCAGGUGCCGAGUAGAAGAGAAAGCACGGCCUCCCAUCAUUCUAGUUUAAGUGUUGCUUCGACGAAGCACAGGCCGAGCAUCGAUCAGUGCACGCACGUUCAGCACGCCCCAUUGAAUUCGCCUGGCAUGAGCUCGUCGUCGAGUCCGCCUCGUCGGCCGUCGAUGUCGCCGACGAUCAGUGGACCCGGACCGGCUGGGCCAUAUCCGCCGAAGGUGGCCGGGCAGGGGCAGGGUGGCCCGGCGCCCUUCAAUCCUUUCAUCUAUGGAAACGACGUGGAUUCGGUGGACAUCGCCACGCGAGUCGCCAUGGUGCGGUUCUUCAACUCGCAGAACCUGCUGGCCAACUUCACCGAGCACACGCGCACCCUACGGCUGUACCCUCGGCCGGUAGUGGCCUUCCAGAUCAACUCGUUCCUCCGGUCCCGACCCAGGAAGAGCAGCUUCCUCAAUAGAUUCGCGCGCACGCAGGCGGUCGAGUUCCUGGCCGAGUGGUCCCUCACACCGAGCAACGUAGCCUUCCUCCGGGUGCAGACCGGAGUGUUCGACCCCGCGCAGAUCGGCGACAAGCCGCGCUGGUACGCGACCAACCUCGAGCCGAUCUACUUUCCCGUCUGGGACUCCGGUAGCUCGCUGGCAAACGCCCUGAAGGCGAUGAGGGAGCACGAGACUCAGCCGACGGACGAGAGCGGUUCCGACUCCGAGGGCGCCGAGAGCACCAGCUCCUCCUACUCCUCCCUCAGCGACUUUGUCUCCGAGAUGGCAUCGUCCGAUCUGUCGCCAGGUUACAAUUGCCCGCAAGCGACCCAGCCUCAACCAAUGUCGCUCUCGGUGGAUCCGAAGAACGUCUACAAUCCACCGAGUUCCCUGCAAUAUCCGGGAGUGGAGGAGGGCUCACCGGUACGACCCGAGAGCCCGCCGAGCACUUCUUCUAGUCACAGUGACCUCAGUAGCCCGAGCUUUAACAGGGACUCCGAGCUAGAGUUAAAUCCGAAAAUUCAUGAGGGUUCGCAGUCAACUAACGAUAAAGAGGAGGGUGGUAGCUUUGAGUCAGACUCCGCGUCGACAAUAACACCGCGCACUAUCCUGAGCGCACAAAGUUCGGUAGGACAGUUCACAGGGAUAAGCAUGGGAUCUUUAGGCACUCAAUCUUCGCUCAACGACACUGAACGUCCUACCACACCUCACAGGACCUCGCGUAUCAGUAGAUAUGUCACUCCUGUACCACCCACGGGGCCGGGUCUACAACGCCAGCCGAGCGUCGGCAAUGUCCUGGCGAGGGCCUCCAGCUUCAGCACCGUCGGCGGGCCCCUCCUGCCGCGGCAAAUAAGCGCGGUUACCACCGCCGAUCAUCAUCAUCACGAGGUGCCGACGCAGCUUCAACGUCAAGCAUCGGCGGGGCCGACGAUCAUUCCGAAACAGAGCAACGACAGCCCGAUGCAACGGCAGAACAGCGGUGGCAGUACCACUACUACCGGAAAUGGUGUUCUUCGGCAGGGCUCGCAGGGCUCUUUAUUCGAGCAGAUCGCCAGUCAGGCGAAGGACCUGAUGCGCGAGACUACCAGACAGAGCAGCCAGGACGGGCUACUCGCACACAUGGACAAGCUGAAGCAUCAGGCGAAAGAAAAAAUUACAGAAGCAGGUGAAGACAGUCUAUUUGCACCACUGGAGCAAUUGACGCAACAGACGAGGAAAGCGAUGGGUGAGGCCACCAAGUCAGUGCAAGAGGUGUCGAAAACCGCGCUGGAGGCGAGUAAAACCGCGGCGGGCGUAAGCAAAAACACAUUAGACGAUCUGACGUACGUCGGCAAGAGCACGUUGGGAGACUUGACGAAAAGUGCCAAAGAAGCCGCCGCGAAGAAGGGAUUGCUCAAGAGCCUCGGAGAGUCGCAGUCACCAGUACAUAGUCCGCAAUCUCCCAAUAUGACGCAACAGCGGAAGGAUUCGAUGAGCAAUCAGCUGGUCGCGUCUGACACACGGGGUGGCGUCGGACGGGACUUUUUCAGCAAUAUUAGCAGCGAUCUGAACGGCUUCGCCGCGCAGACCAGCAGCAUGUUUAGCGAUUUAUUCGGUAGUAAAAAUAAUUCCAAUCGAGGCAGUAGCUUCUUCCCGCAGAAUCAGAAAUCGAAAGAGAAGACAAAUCCGAUUCUUGGACCAUUUCCGAAAGUUGCAGGAAAAACCGGAUUGGUGGAACGUUCCUCAUUAAUAAAACAUUCUACACACAAAGUUAAUCAAGAAGACGCGCAGAGGAUGCAAAAUGCGGAACGUUCCAGCACAAAUAGCGACAAUCAAGCCUUUUUAAAUGACGUGGUGACGCAAGUGUUGGCUGGCGAAGGCGUUGGUUGGCUCAAAUUGAACAGACUGAAGAAGUUGAUGGAAGACGAAAAUUAUCGGGAUUUGGUCGUGACGAAGCUGAAUAAGGGUCUUAAUAGGAAGAUUAGUCCAAACGAUCACAUUGACGAUGUGGCCAUAUCAAAGCCCGUGUAUAAGGGAAUGUUAAAGUGCCUUCAAGCAGUAACGCACGGUCUCGCACAUACGUAUAAUAAUUUUGGACUAGGCGGGAUGGCUUCUGUCUUCCAAUUGAUGGAAAUCGCUCACACGCAUUACUGGAGCAAGGAUCUAUCCGAAGGUAGCGGCUUCGACAGCUCCUUGAUGUCACAGGCGUCUAGCCCAUUCGGUAGCAGAGAAAACCUGAGAUCUCCGCAAUCCCCGAAUCAGCCCGACUUUAUGGAUGUCACGCAAAAAUCGGAAUUGCCGCAAGUGCAUUUGGAUGUGCCGCAGGCACCGCCGGCAGGAGAUACGGGCCAAUCGACAACGGACAUGUUUCUGGAUAUGUUUACGAAGAAAGGGAAAUUUUUAAGCAAGCUCACCUCGUUCGAUUCGGAGAGUGGGCGGGGUGGUGGAACGGGGAGCAGCGAAGCUUUGUCCACUGACGGAGGUAGCAUUAUCACUAAUCCUGCUUUUCGGCAAGCGCACCAAGCUUCCUUCCGAAGCACCGUGUCUGAUAGCGAGGUCGAGCAAGGCAAUUUUCCUCGGCAGGGCAAGCAGCGUUCCGGCAGCGUUUGGUCCAGCAAGUCGUCCCUGAGCACCGGAUUCCGGUAUCACGGCGGAAGUUUAAUACCUACCACAACGUUACCGAGCCCGGAAGCUGCGAGAACAUAUCUCUUCGAGGGUUUACUGGGGAAGGAGAGAUCGUCCCUGUGGGACGAAAUGCAGUUCUGGGAGGACGCCUUCUUGGACGCCGUCUCGCAGGAACGCGACAUGAUGGGUAUGGAUCAAGGGCCCGGAGAGAUGGUGGAGAGAUACAAGAGUUUAAGCGACAGCGAGAGACGACGGUUGGAACACGAGGAGGACAGACUGUUGUGCACUUUGCUGCACAAUCUCACCGCUAUCCUAGUGAUGCUGAACGUCGAGAAGAACGAACUGAAGCGGAAGGUACGCAGACUGCUAGGCAAGAGUCACAUCGGCCUCAUCUACAGCCAGGAACUGAAUCUACUCCUCGAACAAAUAAACAAUCUCCACGGAAACGACAUCGACCUGAAGCCCCUGACGUCCCGACAAAUGCACCGGCAGUCGUUCACCGUGCACUCGGGGGUCGACGCCGAGGGUGACCUGCGGUUUCUCGAAGUUCGGCAUGACGGCCUCGUGCUGAGAUCAGUGAACGGCGUGAUAGUCGAGCGCUGGUGGUACGAGCGCGUGGUCAACAUGACCUACAGUCCGAAGAACAAGGUUCUGUGCUUGUGGAGGAGGAGCGGCGGCGAUACCGAGUUACACAAGUAUUACACUAAGAAGUGUAAGGACGUGUACUACUGCAUUAAGGACGCGAUGGAGAAGGCGGCAGCUCGCGGGCGAGGCGGGAACAUGGGCUACGAGCUCGGUGGCGAGUUCCCGGUGCAGGAUAUGCGAACGGGCGAGGGCGGGCUUCUGCAGGUCUGCAUGGAGGGCGUCGGUCUCCUCUUCGCGAACAGCAAGGAUUUCGAGUUUUUUGUAAGACUCGAUCAUAUCCGCAAGUGCUUUACUCAAAAGGAUGGAAUCUUUGUUUUGGAAGAAUUCAAUCCUAAAACUAGACAAGUAAUUCAACGUAAAUAUAAGUCGCAAAUGGCAUCUGAUAUCUGUUACGCUGUCCUCUGCGUAUUUUCUUACGUGGCGGCUGGCACCGAGCAACGAAAACAGGGCCAGCAGCAGCCGCAGCCGCAAUCGCAAUCGCAACCGCAACAGCAACAGCAAUUGCAACAUACCCUGCAACCGCAUCAACAACGCCAGCACCAACAGCAGCAGCAGCAGCAACAGCUGCAAUUGCAACAACAACAGCAGCAACAGCAACAGCAACAGCAACAGCAGCAGCAAACCCGACAUCCCUAUCAACAACACAAACAAGAGCAAUCACAACCGAGUAAUGUAACACCGCAGAUGCACAAAAACACGCAAUUGGACCCCUAUCGUCAACGCUGACACAGGCAACGACACUCGCUUCCCUUCGUUAGCAUCCACAACAGGAAUAGUUGCGCCCCUUACACCUGCCUACCCUGGGUAUAAGUGUGCCGUGUCUCUCUUUUCCAGAGGGUAUUUUGUUUAAAGAUUCGUGAGACAUGAGCAAGAUAACAGUCUCGGUUUUUUGUUUGAUUUCUCUCUCUCUCUUCAGAUUCGCCAACGUUCUUCCCUCUUUCGGGAAUGAAAUUAUUGCGAAACGUUGUAAUAAAAUUAAAAAUGAAGAAAAAAGAAAUUCAUAUCUAUCGUUAGCUUAAUUCGUUAAUGUUGGACAUUUUUGGCGCGACUUUUUAUUACGUAUAGGCCUGCGUCGAUGUGAUAGCUGUGGUAUUCUUGUAUUCGUCCGUGCACGUGAGUAUUACGUUGCACGCGUCUCACCUAAAGCAAUUAAAUACAAUAACUACUCGUAAUUGGCGGUGUAAUUUUAUAUGAAUACGUCACGACACACGGGGAGAAAGAGAGAUUGUGAUCGUUCGCGAUUCGGAAGAGUAAAAGAUUUAUUUUAGUUCGUGUGUAAGUAGUCAGAGUAAAGAAGGUCGACGAACGCCAAAUUGCGAUAUCCUCACGCUGACUUUUGAUUGUCAUCUUUUACUCCCGUCGUCUUUUAGCACGCUCGAUCCUCUCUCGCAAUGAAACAAUGAAGCGUAGGUAGAUAAGCUCUCUACUCGUUCGCUGUCUCUCUUUUCUUUACUCGCCUGUAAUCGAGUCUAAUCGGUGAUUUUUGUUUAUUUCGUUAUACAGCGUGUACCUAAGGUGUUAACAAAAAACUGUCGUGUGUAGGGUGUAUAGAAAAAAAUGUAGUGGUCUCGAUGUCUCGAGUAAAUACACAAUGGUGAAUCACUAUUUUGUACGGUUUCAAAUACAGGAAAAGAAAGAUCUCUCGAUAGCUCGUAGAGCGCUCGUUUAGGAUACAUGUAAUGUCCCUCCUAAAAAAUUAGAUAUUCUAUGUAUAACGUAACUGUAUAAUAUCAAGGAAAACACCUAAGACAACAUCUUUGAAAAUUUGCAUUCCUCUACGUUUUCUAACGACUCGAGAUUUAGUUUAGACGCGUAAAUUUAGUUGGGCACGGAGACGGCGGAAACGAGAUCGCGGUUUUAAACCAGAUAAUAAGAAUUGGCACUAAGUGCGAAGCAGUGUCUCUCGGAAAUUGUACUUUGGUUGUAAUUCUCCCUUGCCGCAAGUAUUCCUCGAUAUUCCGUCACGUUAAAUACGCGUCGCGUAAAGUAGAUGAACAACAAUGACCAGUUUAGGAAGGAAAGGGUUGUAAACUUUAGUGUCGCGAACUCAGCGCGAAGUAAACGUAGCGUACGUGUCUCUACACGAGAAGAAACGAUAUAUUUUCUUGCAACGUAGAAGAGGCGAUUAUAGAUAUUUGUAAAAAGGGAUAUAGGAUUUGUAAAUAUAACAAUCGGCGGUGUAGACAAGCGGCACGAGAGAGCAAAGGCAUGAACAACCCUUUUUAUUUCUCUCUUUAAUACGAUUAUAUACAUAUUAGAGCUCGUUCGUUGAGUUAGAGAGAGGUGCGUUUUUUAAGAGUGAGAGCAAGAGGGACGACACGUUCUCUUCUAAACAUCUAAAAAAAAAA